ACACACCGGCGGCCCCGGUGGCGCGUACUCGUCUGCUAAAGGCUGAAAGUUACACUGAAGGUCCCACUUUAAUGGCUGACGCGCUAAAAAAGACUUUUGGAAAAGGGACACUUACCAUCGUCAUUUAUUCCGGACGCUAGCUAUGUGCUUUUUUUCUCGUUUGAGUAAGAGACAGAUUCCCUAACUUAGCGCGCAACUGUUCCUUAAAGUAUCGAAGGAAUUAAUCGGCUGCUGUCUGCGUCAUUAUCGCUGUUCUCUGCGCUAAUGCAAUUUUGAGAAAUUAAACAAGUGAAGUUAUUUCAGAAUAGACAUGCAGCAGCGAUGCAACCCGGUCGUUUGAGGACAGUCUGACUCUUGGAUCAGGCAUCAUGGUCCGAUAAUUGGAAGACAGAGAGAGACAGAAAGUAAGAAAUAAAGAGGUAAAAAGACAUUUGGGACACUUUGUUUGUGGGAACAUCUGCCUCUCACGUCCAGGUGUCCCGCCGAGCGGUGCGGAUUCUCCAGCUCAGGCCGGCUGCGCUGACAUGCUGCCCAAAGUCGAGACUGAAUCCCUGGGACUCUCUCGAUCGUAUGGAGAACAUCGGCGCAUGCCAAGGAAUAUGCAAGCACCCCAGUUAAAAAUGAUGGACUACUCCUAUGACGAAGACUUGGACGAGAUGUGUCCCGUGUGCGGAGACAAGGUUUCAGGGUAUCACUACGGACUACUGACCUGCGAGAGCUGCAAGGGCUUCUUCAAGCGCACCGUCCAGAACAACAAGCGCUACACAUGUAUAGAGAACCAGAGCUGCCAGAUUGACAAGACCCAGAGGAAGCGCUGCCCGUACUGCCGCUUCCAAAAGUGCCUCACCGUCGGCAUGAAGCUAGAAGCUGUGCGGGCGGACCGCAUGCGUGGUGGUCGCAACAAGUUUGGCCCGAUGUACAAACGUGACCGGGCCCUCAAGCAGCAAAAGAAGGCGCUGAUCCGAGCCAACGGCCUAAAGAUUGAGACCAUGACUCAGGUCAUGCAAGCCGUGCCCACCGACCUCACCAUCUCCUCAGCCAUCCAGAACAUCCACUCAGCCGCAUCCAAGGGCCUUCCACUGAGCCACCACCCUGGCCACCACACCGGUCACCACCACCACCACCACCAUCAUCAUGCCACCGCCCUGCCCCCCACAGACUAUGACCGCAGCCCAUUUGUCACUUCGCCAGUCAGCAUGGCAAUGCCACCACACGCCGGAAGCCUGCAGGGCUACCAGGCGGCCUACGGACACUUCCAGGGCACGCGCACUAUCAAGUCAGAGUACCCAGACCCAUACACCAGCUCGCCGGAGUCCAUCAUGGGCUACGCCUAUGUCGAUGCCUACCAAACAGGCUCGCCGCCUAGCUUCCCUCACUUGAUCGUAGAGCUGCUCAAGUGUGAGCCAGAUGAGCCACAGGUCCAGGCCAAGAUCAUGGCCUACCUGCAGCAGGAGCAGGCCAGCAGAGGCAAACACGAGAAGCUCAACACCUUCGGCCUCAUGUGCAAGAUGGCCGACCAGACACUCUUCUCCAUCGUGGAGUGGGCACGCAGCAGCAUCUUCUUCCGUGAACUCAAGGUGGAUGACCAGAUGAAGCUGCUGCAGAACUGCUGGAGCGAACUCCUCAUCCUCGACCACGUCUUCCGGCAGGUGAUGCAUGCCAAGGAGGGCUCCAUCCUACUGGUCACUGGCCAGCAUGUGGACUAUGCAGUGAUUGCUUCACAGGCGGGAUCCACCCUCAACAACCUGUUGAGCCACGCCCAGGAGCUGGUGGCCAAGCUACGCUCCCUGCAGCUGGACCAACGGGAGUUUGUCUGCCUCAAGUUCCUGGUCCUAUUCAGCCUUGAUGUAAAGAACCUGGAGAACUUCCACCUGGUAGAAAGCGUCCAGGAGCAGGUCAACGCAGCGCUGCUGGACUACGUCAUGUGUAACUACCCGCAGCAAACAGACAAGUUUGGCCAGCUGCUCCUCCGGCUGCCAGAGAUCCGAGCCAUCAGCCUGCAGGCCGAAGAAUACCUUUACUACAAACACCUGAACGGUGACGUGCCGUGCAACAACCUGCUCAUUGAAAUGCUUCACGCCAAGAGAGCUUAGGAGGGGACUGCGCUACCCAUAAUGCAGCUGUACAGACAUCCUGAGAGUUUUGCUGCAGCCCAAAAACUUUAAAUCUUGACUGAGUGGUGACCUGGAAGAUGGAGAGCAGAGAGUUAGCAACUCUUGUUUAUAUUUAGCUCAUUUUGAUCUCCAUGUUUCUUGGAUUUGGACAAACACACACGCACAGAGACGAAAACAGCAUAUGGAUCCCUUUAUUCUGAAAAAAAAUGUCUGAAAGAAGAGCCCCUUCUCCUCAACCACACAGACAAAGAUAAUAUUGAAAGGAGAAAUAAACUAACACUUGAAACAAACACUGCAUUUGGCACGAGAUGGGGUUUAAUGGUCUGCACGAGCACAGCCUUUUACGACUGGCAGGCUGCAACUUACAGAACUAAACCCUCAAGUAUUUUAGCUUUAGUGACAUUGUGAGAGGCUUUUAAUGCUGAGAAAGGAAGCUGAGUAACACCGGCCAUCUUUCAGACAGCUUUGUGACAGAGCGGUGGCUUAUUUGGGUGGACGAUCCUCCGGCGUGCUCUCACUGAAACUGGCUUUUAGCUGUCGUUGGUACUGUAAAGACAAACGGGCAAGCAGUCGACCAGGCCAGAGACUAUUACCGUCACGUUUUGUGAACUGACAUAAGACGCCUGCCACGGCAACUUGAUCUGACUGAGAAGGGAAAACUGACAGUUAAAAAAGAAACGUCUAAAAAAAGGAAAAUUCUUUAAUGAACAAAAUGAUAAAUAGGCCAAUAUGAAGAAAAAUAAGAUGUUUUUUUCUCUUGUAAUGAAAGUCAUUUGCUCUUCGUGGUCACCUUGUGGUUCCCCUUUCUUAUUCCACCUCCCCAAAUCAUCUUAAACUAUGUACCUCAGAAAGACCAGUGUUAAAUAAAUUCAAUUAAUAAUGUCAGCUGAAACAAUUGUAUUUAUAGUCCCUUUUUCCUGCAAAACAAACACCCUCUCUUUUUAUUAUUUCAUUACAACUGGAACAAAACAAAGUGUGAUUCUGGAGACAGAGAAGGCUCGACCCUGCCUUUUUCCGGAAAGACCAAAGCCUGCUGCAGAACAGAAGAAGGAAAUUACAAAAACCGUAAUAAUCAGUAUUAUAAGAAAAAAAAAAAAAAAAGAUUUGUGAUGUCACAGUUAUGUGAGUCUUGCCUUAUUUCAUUACCAUGCUAGCUAACCGUGCAGAUGUGAAUGAAAAUAUGUACAAAUAUAUAUAUAAAGUAUUAAUGUUGUAAAAAUUAAAAAAAAGAAUAAUUCAACAGGUGUUUACAUUCAUGUGGUCAUAUGGGAGAGAACUGUGAUGAAGCAUAAAUUGCAAAGCAAUGAUUUCCUAAAAAAUGAAAUCAACAAAAUGAAAAAAAAAAAAAAAAAAAUAUCCCUCUGGUUUGCGUUCUUCGGUGUGUGUACAGUGUUUUAUUUUUUAUUUGUUUUGAGCAGUACUUAAAUUAUGUCGUGAGACACUAAAAUCAAAAAGGAAUCACACUUAAAAUAUUAAUUUCUAUCUGUGUGUGCUGGCAUUCAAGCAUUUGUUUCUUAAGCAUUGCUGUAUAAGGGUUCCGUUUCACUUUCAACCUUUUUUGUAGACUUUUUUUUUAUCUACAGUGCUUUUACCUUUUUGAUGUACAGUAUGUCACUGGUUACACUUAAUAAUGAAGAUAAUUUAUUGCGUCUCUGGGUUUCCAUCUUUGUGUUACAUGACGUGAGGUGUCCGCGCCAUAAUAAAUUUGUUUACUGUAGCAUGUUUUUGUUUUGUUUCCACGAGUAGUUCAGUGAUGCAGAUCUGGAGCAAAAAUAAUAAUGGGCUUUCAAAAAGAAAAGAAAUCACCACAAAUGUUUUGUCUUUUAAAUGUUUAUGCAAGUCAGUACAUUGAAAAGAGUGUUGUAUUUAGUGGGAAGGAUUUUUGUGCCACAUACGUUUUUCUUCUCAAUCUGCAUCAUUGUCCUUUCUAGUUUGCUCUUAUACCAAAGACUGCGUCUUUCCCCCAUGUGAGCUGUGACUUAGUAUUGUGUCCAAAAUGAACAAAACUGUCUCUUUUUUUCUCAAAAAGAUGCCCCCCUAAAUUAUUUUCAUGUGGAGUUUUUCACGUGCUGUAGUUGUUGUUACUGUUUUUUUUAAAUGUCCCAACACUUGCCUCCCACAACAACCUGCGGUGUUUAUUUGUUUACUUGUUGACAUUUUGUUAAUUAAGUCAUAGAACGAUAAAGUCUUUCAAUGGCAUGUUUAUUGUACAGAAAAUUCACUUAAAAUCCCACAUCUUUAAGCAGUUCCUGGUCCAGAACUCAAUUUUCUGACACCUUCAUUAAUUGUGUCUAUUGAUCAGACAAUCUAUUAUCACCCACUUCCACAAAUUCUGUGUUGUUGCGGUUUCUGCAGCUGCCUUGGACUUCCUAUAUAACAUACAGGUGAACUCUAUACAGUACCACAUGCAGGAAAUACAGUCAUGCACAUUAAUGCAGUCACUGCAGAAGUAAGAGUUUGGAGAAACCGUUUUCUGUCACUUCAGCUGUCAGAAGUUAAAGGAAAUGGUCUGAAAUUCAGCCGUUUGCUUUCCAACAAACCAAUCCGUUGCUUAAGAGUAACUGUCUAGACAGACUUGUGUGCAGGAUAAAUGCUUUAACAAUGACUACCUUUGUGCAUUCACAUGCUCAUGUACACUGUCAACACAUGGCUACAGGAUGGAUCAAAAUGCUAUUUCCCUCCUACUUGGUCUAUGACUUUUGCCCCUCCUGCUGACAUUCUGACUGCUCCUAUCGCUACCCCGGUCUUGGGGAUGUCUCUCUGAGGCCAACUGAAUUUUUCCUCAUAUUUCAAUAAAUAAUUAUUAUGCUUAUAA